GGAGAUUCGCCAUUCAAGCUUUUCCCCGGUCCAGAUUAGCAACAGGGAGAGCUGCUUGUGGUUGUCCGACUGAGUUCCAUUGAGGCGAACACAUCACAGGGGGUGAAUGGAGAGGGGCGUCGAAGAAAAAAAGGGAAAAAAACAUGCUAACACAACAUAGCGGUCUUCAGGAGUUUGUGUUGUUUAGACUUUGAGGUGUUCCUUUCGCAGUUUUUCCCCCUGUUUUUAAAGGUAUUCAAAGGUAUAGGUAAACUGUCCGCAAAAGACUGGAUUUUAGAAUGCGGCUGGUCUGAAACAAAGGGGUCGGGACUCCGGAGUGUUGCAGUGUUCAGUGCUAAAAGCAGGUUGGACCGAAAGGGUUCACCACGGUCAAGAUGGAACCUGAGGGCGGGUGGUGGAGGAGCCAGCUCGCGGCAGACAUCCACCAGUCUCUACGAAUGAAGGAGCUGAAGUUGCCCACCUACAAGGCCCACUCUCCACAGAUGGGGAUGAGGCGUUACUUUGCCGACCUGCUGGCUGUCCUCAGUAACCGUUACCGGCUGUGCCCGGCGGCCCGCCACCUGGCCGUCUACCUCCUGGACCUGUUCAUGGACCACUACGACGUGGCCGUCCGCCAGCUCUAUGUCAUCGCCCUGUCCUGCCUCCUAUUGGCCAGCAAGUUUGAAGAAAAGGAGGACCGCGUGCCGAAGCUGGAGCAGCUCAACUCCUUGGGCUUCAUGUGCAGCCUGAACCUGUCCCUGAACAGGAAGGACCUGGUCAGCAUGGAGCUCCUGCUCCUGGAGACGUUUGGCUGGAACCUGUGCAUGCCCACGCCGGCCCACUUCAUUGACUUCUAUCUCCACGCUGCCGUACAGGAUGGAGACCUGCACAACGGCUGGCCCCUCUCCUCCCUCAGCAAGACCAGAGCCUUCGUGGAGAAGUACACGCAUUACUUCCUGGAGGUCUCGCUGCAGGAUCAUUCCUUCCUGAGCUUCCGGCCAUCUCAGGUGGCUGCGGCCUGCAUCGCAGCAUCCCGCGUCUGCCUCCAGAUCGGGCCCAGCUGGACCACCGUCCUCCACCUGCUCACCGGGUACUCCUGGGAGCACCUCAGCCCGUGCGUCCACAUCAUGCUGCUUGCCCAUGACAACGAUGUACAACAGGCCAAAAGGUCCAAGUCCAACUCUCCGUCUGUCCAGAGGCAACCCCAGGCCCUUCCUCCACCCUCCAGCGUCUCCCCCUCCACGCUGAAACCACCCUCGUCCACCUCCCGGCAGCUGCUUUUCCAGCCAGGCGGCUACCAGCAGCACUUGAGCCAGCACUCCGCUGCUCUGUCCCAGCUGCACAUGCUAGGUGAGUCCCAGGCUCUGGGCCCUGUUGGGUCUCAGGACUACCUCCAGGCACACCCGUCAGGGCUCCUCUCUGGUUCAGUUCCUCAGGGAGCCUUCCCCUCGUUCCCUGGCCUGACCCCAGGGUUGCACUCGCCCUUGCCCCUCCAGGGACCCCUCUCCAUGCAGGUGGCCCUCACGGCGGAGCCCCGUCACUGCCUGUCCUAUGGGACAAGUUACCUGGGCUCCCGUCUCACCUUCGCGACAAGCUGCUUUAACAGGUGACUCUAUGGGAGGGAGGUCAAACUGAACCUGGUUUACAAACAGGCUGUUAUGUUACCUUAAUGUUACUGCCUGUUCUAUAUUGAGAGAGAACGAGACUGGUUUGGACACUGUGAUUCACUAUGAUUCACAACAGCUUUGGUUGUGGGGAACCUCUGGUUCUGCGCUGAUUCUCUUAAUGUGGGCCUUUUUUCUAUUUUGUAUUUCAAUGCUGCUGCUUUAAACAUAUAAAAUGUCUUCAUUAAAGAGAUCUGUCCUUAGGAUUGUUCACAUGAACUACAGGGUCUGACAGAUUACACACGAAAGAUGUAUUUAAAACAGCUGUCAAUGAAUUUGAUGUUGCUGGCUCAAGUGCUUUAUUUGGUUUUUGACAGUGUAUUACUUAAAAGCAUGACAAAAUGUUUGACAGAUUUUUCUGAACCAGCUGUGUCCUUUGCUGGUUUAGACUAGACUCCAUCUUGUUUUGCUGCUCUGGUGCCCCCGUGGGCAAAUGGAGCCGUGGUAACGAGGGAAAUGGCCACAUCUGUCCUCUCAACACGUCAAACCACGGGGGAGGAAGUCCGGUCAAUUCUUUACUAGCUAGUCACCUCCCCAGUUCAUGUAAAUUCUCCUGACUGGUACCAUUUGAUCUGUGUGCCUUUGACUGAAACCCAUGAAAGUCACAAAACCCUCGCUGUAAAGGCUACCACUGCUCUCGUUGUCGGCAAGACCUUGAGAUGUUAAUGACACUGGGAUCACUUUGGGAACACUACAGCACAGGAUAUAGCUUAUAGUUCAGUACCAUUAAUGUUCUUCUCUGGUCACAUUACUGCUACUGCAACAACUGUCCUACCUCAGUCUGUUUCAGGUGGGUGGUUAUUUGUGUAGUUUUACUGCAACAAACCUGCUGAAUAAUCAACCUUGUUUGAUCAGAUGGAAAGAGAGCCUUAAGUCCUAGAGAAUGAGAAAAACGACAAUUGGCCGUAAGCUGUUUUGUGAUUAUCGGACAGAACUUGAACAACAGUCAGCUGGGAUAUCUCCCGAUUUGGAGAAGAGGAGAAAAAAAAACAGGUUGAGCAACAAAAGUGUGCAUCGAAAGCUUAACAAUCUUAUCCCAAUUUGUCUUCAGGUGCUUACACAGAAUGUGAGCUUGGUGUUUGUGUUGUUGAGUCAUGAUACUGUCAUGUAGUGUUUCCUGAAUCCAGCCGUGGGUCUGUCGGCUAUCACCGUUCUUCAAGGUAUAUGUGGCUCCACAGUUUCUUAUCUCAGGUUUGAUGGGGUGAACUGUUGUGAUGGACCGAUGAAAUCUAUUCUGUUGAUCCCACUUAGACCACACUGUCUGUCUGCUUCACCUCCUGUUAACAGGUGGCCCCAAAAGAGCCAUAGCCCUUGUGUCCACUGGGUCUAGAAUGACAAAAGCAUCCCCUCACAUAACCUAAUUAUUACCUACCUCAAAAUAUAGUGCAAACUGUGUUUAUUUGUCACUUUUUUUUUUUUUGUGAUAUCUUUAAUUGAUUGCCUAUUUUUAGUUGGAUAUUUCCUUUUGUUUUAAUUUCUUUGUGUGUUUUCUGUUCUGUUUUUUUUUUAUGGAGAUCUCAAUGUACUAUCGAAGGACAGUGCGUGGAUGUGUGACGUGUAGGCUAGUGAUUCAUCACUUGUUCAGACUACUUCCCAUAAUUCCACAGUGUGUUGCGUGUGGAUUGUUUUUUUAACAGCAUCUUUGUAAUAUAUAUGUUCUGAACUGCUUAAAGGCUGUUUCUAACUG